AUGGUCGGUUUCCUUGGAAUGACUGGCAAGGCCCUGUCUAUUGCUCAGGUUGCAUUGGUCGUGGCUCCAUCUUUCAUUCUAUUUGGUUACAACCAGUCCGGUCUCGGCCCAUUGCUGUCCGAAGAGAACUGGAGACACCAAUUCCCUCAAAUCAACACUGUCGACUACACGGGUGAGGUCAAGGCCCACCAUGCUACCCUCCAGGGUCUCGUUAUCGCGACAUUCACACUCGGUGCGCUGAUUGGCGCUUUGAGUUGUAGUUACACUGGUACCCUUCUCGGAAGACGUUGGGUCAUCUUCAUCGGCGCUCUUUGCACACUUAUUGGCGAAGCCAUUGAGUGCUCUGCUUUCGGACUCGCUCAACUCAUUGUCGGCCGUGUCAUCAUUGGUCUUGGUGUUGGCCAACUGUCAGCUACUGUCCCCGUUUGGCAAUCAGAAUGUUCCUCCGCCAAGAACCGUGGUAAGCACGUUGUACUUGACGGCAUGUUCAUCUCGUUCGGUUACACUCUCGAGUCCUGGAUCGAUUUCGGAUUCUUCACGCUCAAGACCGGAUCUGUUACCUGGCGCCCUCCGAUUGCCAUCGCUCUCCUCUUCUCGCUCAUCGUUUUGUUCUCCAUCUGGUUCUUCCCCGAAUCACCCCGCUGGCUUCUUGCCCAGAAUCGCGCCCAGGAAGCUCGUGAGAACUUGGCUGCUCUCAAGGGCCUCCCAGUCGAUUCUCCCGAGAUUGAGGCAGAAUGUGUUGGCAUUGAGCUCUCCCUCGAGGACUCUUCAACCAAAGCCGCCUCUUUCAAGGAUCUGUUCAGCAUGGGCGAAGACAAGCUCGCAUACCGUUUCGGUCUCUGUAUCUUGCUUCAGUUCUUCCAGCAGAUGUCCGGAACUAACCUCAUCUCCGUCUAUGCCUCCACCAUCUUCCAACAGGGUCUUGGUAUGACUGCUUACAACUCCAAGCUUUUGUCUGCUGGUACUCUGACCUGGAAGUUCUUGUCCUGUUUCGUUGCCUUCUUCUGCAUCGAUCGUUUCGGUCGUCGCCUUUGUUUCAUGGUUUCUGGAGGUGGUAUGGCGUUGUGCAUGGUCGCUCUUGCCGUCGCAACCUCGUUCCCUCACGACAACUACGGUGCAUCUGUCGCAGCCGCCUUCUUCGUCUACCUCUUCUGCUUCUUCACCCCCAUCGGUUUCCUUGGUGCCAACUUCCUAUACUGCACCGAAGUCAGCCCCAUACGUCUUCGCGUGGCCAUGGCAUCAAUCUCUACCGCUAACCACUGGCUCUGGAAUUUCGCCGUUGCCAUGAUUACGCCAGUAGCAAUCAACAAUAUCGGCUACCAGUACUACAUCGUCUACGCCUGCAUUGAUCCCGAGACCAAGGGACGUUCGCUGGAAGAGCUCGACACCAUCUUCAAGGACAGCCCUUCAGUGUUGGGUACUGUCAAGUACGCCAAGUACAAGCCCAUGAUGACUGCAGACGAGGUGCCUUACGCCAAAACCUCAGACCACGUCUACGAGGAGAAGGUGUAA